GGAUUCAAAAGUGUUUCAGGGUUGGUGUCGUUCGGUUCGUAGUUCUUCUCUAUUUCAAUUUUCUAUAUAUUCACAUACCAAAAUAUAUAUACUCCACAUAGAGUCUCAAGAGAUUUUUUCCUUCUUAACACUCUUGCAUACAACAACAAAAAUCUUCUCACAACCAGACUCUAUCAGUCGCCAAAUAAGUUCUCUUUCCGCGAUAAAUCAACAUUUUUGUUAGUCAAAAAAAACGUAAAUCUUCCUUUUUUUGUAUUUGUAAAAAAUCUGUUCUUCUCGUGCAACAAAUUUUUGUGUGUGGGGAAGAACCCGGAAGUUCCGGAAACAGUGUGAAAAAUCAUUUGCGAUUUUUAAUUUAACAAAAGAAAAUCAUCCCUUAUCCCCAUAAAAAAGACUAAUUUUCCCCGGCAAAAAUUUUUCAAAUCAAAUUCAAGAUUCAAAAAGAAUUUGAUUGCAAAAAAAUAAGAGACAAAACGUCUUGAAGUUGUGGGAAGUAAAAUAAAAUAUAAAAAAAAACUCCCAUAUAGUGCGAAAAGUGAUUGGAGAGACUCUCAAAAGGAAGAGAAGAAUCAGAGACUAAAGGAAGAAGCAAUAAAAGUAUCGACCAGAAAGCAAUAAAUUCGAGUGAAGUAUCGGUGCGGAGUGUUUGUUCGGAAAAAAGGGGGUGUUGUACGGAACCAAGAAAAAAAGAAGAAGAGAAACGGUUUUUCGGUGAAAUUGAUCCAGGGAAUUGGUGGUGGUGCAAAAAUCCCCCAGGUUGUGUGAGGAAGUAACCUCGAUGGACGCAAAGGUGGAAAUUCAAUCCCAGUGCAGCAGCAAAAAGAACCCAAAUCCAUGGCAGAAUUCCCUUAAUCACCAUGAGACCAUCCUCAGGCUUUUGCCAACGCUAAUCUGGACAACGACACCUGCUAUGGGUGACAGAGUACCCGGUCCAGGUAUCCCGCAGUAAGAAUACAUACCACUUUCUUUUUGCAAAAUCCACCCCCUAAAGAAGCAAAGAAAAACUUUCAAUUUCUGUGACAAAAAAACCACCCCCAGCGAUUUUUUUCUGUUACUGCAAAAACUUUUCCCCCGUGCGUGUGUGUGGAGGGUGCAAAAAAGCUCGCAAGAGACACAGACAGAGAGUCUAAUAAGAAAGAAAAAAAGUAAGACAACGACGAAGAAGAUCCUCCCUGUAGAAUGCCACGGUGUUUAAUGGCAAAAAAAUGGAAAGCCUACCCGUGGCCUGAUCGCGCCGAGGAUCCGGCGCCGGACGUGGACGAGGAGGAGGAGAUUGAGAUUGAUGUUGUGGGCGAUUCCCCGGCUGCAGUGGCCUCAACAGUGGCAUCUGCAACGACCACUGGGAAGACAACCGUAGCUGUGGUUGCCUCCUGCUGGGGACCCUCGUCACCAACGGCUGGCGCCACGGCACCCAGUCCGCCCCCGCACUCACCGGAAGCAACUCGUGGCUCCACGAUUCUCUACAAUGGUUAUGGGCACGAUAUAUCUCCAAUGCAUUUUACAGCGUACCUGCCCAGGAUUGAGCACGAAGUUACGGUUAUAACGACACCGGUGCAUGGGCAGCAACCAACGACGGCGGGCACGUCGUAUGUAACAUUGCAGGCGCCUGUGGCGUCUUCCAGCGCCACCGAAGCACGCCUGGCGGAUGCCACCCCUGCAACGCCACCACGAAAAUCCCUGGCAAUGUGCUUCACGAGUACAGGGGCUGCCCUAUCGUUGCCGCCGAAGAAGAAGGACAUCUACAGGCCGUACUCGCUGGACGAUAGGCCACAGCCAACGCCAAUACCGCCGCGUACUUAUGAGAUGCGUAUCCCUGCUGAGGAGGAUUUGCACGCUGCACAUGCCAUAUUGGACCUGAGCGCCUCCACGGCGUUUCUGCCGCCGCCGCCAGUGACGCCGGCCGCCGCGGAAACACACCAACCAGCGCCACAGAAACCCAUGACACCCCUGCCCCAAACUAUUGUACCUGACCACGAGGCACAGCCCCCAACUGAUGAACUCCUCAAAUCACCAACAUCCAAAACCGUCGCCUACACCUACGAGGCGUUCUUCGUGAGCGAUGGCCGUUCAAAGCGCAAAUCCACCACUGAAAUUCCCGCUGAUACCAAGACAAAGUACACGUGCACCGAAUGCGGCAAGCAGUACGCCACAUCGAGCAAUCUCUCACGCCACAAGCAAACCCAUCGUAGUCUCGACAGCCAAUCGGCCAAGAAGUGUCACACGUGCGGCAAGGCGUACGUCUCCAUGCCAGCGCUGGCCAUGCACGUGCUCACGCACAAGCUCUCCCACAGCUGUGGCGUCUGUGGGAAGCUCUUCUCACGCCCGUGGCUCCUGCAGGGGCAUUUGCGCUCACACACCGGUGAGAAGCCCUACGGAUGUGCCCACUGUGGCAAGGCCUUCGCCGAUAGGUCCAAUCUACGUGCUCACAUGCAAACCCAUUCGGCCGAUAAGAAUUUCGAGUGCUCACGCUGCCACAAAACCUUCGCACUCAAAUCCUAUCUCAACAAGCACCUCGAAUCGGCUUGCUUCAAGGAUGAUGCAGCCUUCAGUGACUCCAGUGAUCCCGAAGGCCCUCAGGGGAAUAUUGUCAUUGUCGGUGGAGCCUCCAACAGCGCCCCGCGUGGUGUACAGCAGCAUCAUCAAAUGACGGCCACCUUUGCGGGGUAACCAGCCGCCAAUCGCCACGUCGGCUCACAGAGGUAACAACCAAAACCAAAGCCCCUAAAAUUCGGCAAAACUCGGCGCCAAAUCGCGGUAUUUGCACACAGAUGAUUGUACAUAGCUCCCCACACACCCCCCCAACAGCCCUCCCCGCCCUCAAAAAGCAUAGUACCUUAUACCCUUUAAUGAAAAAAAAAUGGUGAUUGUAAAUUUAAAAAAAAAUCUUGUAUGAAAAACAACGACCCAGGGCCAAGCCAGCCCUGGCGUUUUUUUGGAAUGAAAUCGCUUUUUCCAAUUAUACAUAAUACAUUAUAUUAAAUUAUAUAUACAUAAAAUGAAAAAUCUAUAUAGCAUUAGAAACGAAGAAAAAAGAAAAUAUUAUGCCAUGUCACAGAAUCAUUAGCAAUUUCAGAAGAGCAAUUAACGCACGAGGAAACAAUUGUAUAGAAGAGAAUAUAGGUCCUAUUUUUCACACCAUAUAUAGGUAUAUAAAACGGGCCACCCCAUUUUCAAGUCACAUUCGCUUGGUGAAAAUAAGAGAAAAAAAAAAGAAAAGUCAUUAGUCAUUUAGCUAUAAAAAUAAGGGUAUUUAGUUCAAUAUUUAGGUAGAGAUUAUACAACAAAAAUGAGUAUUUGAGGAAUGAAAAAGAAAAGGGAAGAAUGUAGAAAAGCAAAUUGCUUAAUAUUAGAUUGAGAGGAAUGGAAAAAAUGGAGAAAAAGGAAUAAGAAAUCACGAUACGUCCAAUGCCCCCUGAAGCAAAAAUAAAAUAAUUCAAUUAAGUGAUUAAUAAGAUAACAAAAAAAACUAUGAAUGGGUUUUCCCUCCUUAAUUUUCCCUUUAAAAAAUCCUCUAAAAAAUCACUUUUAAUAAGAAAGAAGAAAAAACUCUUAAUCCUUCCCCAUUUAGCUUCUAAAAAAAACUAAUAUAGAAACUAAGAUGAAAUUUUUCUCUAGUCGAUAAUCUCUACUAAGCUAGUUUAGUAAAAAAAAGAAAAGAAAAAAUCUCUCAUUGUCACUUCUUAAGAGAACAUUUCUCACUCUAGCUGUUAACGAUUCUCACGUGCGGGUCCCUCAACUUAAGGUGAAAAUAUUAAUUUUGCAAAAAGAAAACCCCUUAAAGAGGGAUUCCAUCAUUAAGAUUUAAGCUUUAUAGUAAAAACAAAAAUAUUCAACUUUUUCGAUGAAUUAUCCAUUCAUGGUUCAACAACGAACGAAAAGCAACGUUUCGAAGACAACGAACUUUAGAAAUUAUUAUAAAAAAAAUAUAUAUAAAAUUAUACACCAUGAGAAAUUCCAAGAAAAAAAGAGGAAGAUGCCCAAAUAAUUCACAUAUAGACAGUAAUGUUGGAACUUUUAGCACUUAAGAAGUAUAAUUCUUAGAGGAGAAAAUAUGCUGUGUGAUUUCAAGAAGGGUGAGUGCGUGUUAAGCAAAGAUUUAAUUUAGCAUCAAGGUACGUUGACUGCAUACGCAUUUGGGAUUUGUUUUUUGUUAUUUUUAUUUACUUUUUUGCUCAUAAAUAAGUUUUAUUGGUUAAGGAAUUAUUAAGGAAAAAUUAGCCAAAGAUUAAUUUUCUUCCUAGUCUUGUAAUCAAUAAAAUAUUUUUUAGUCAGUUUAACAUUAUUUGGUUAGAAUUUUUUUUUCUAAAUCGAUUUAAAGCAUUUCAAUUCAAUUUGAAAAAAAAGUCUAAUGAAGAAAAUUCAGACUAAAAGCAUUUAAUAAAUAGAUUUUUAUGUAAAGAAAUUUUAAUUAAAUAUCUAAUUUUUUAAAAUUAAUUUUUAAGAUACUAAAAAUUAUGUUUUAACUAAAUAACCUAAAAUAUAUUAGCCUAAAUAAUUUCUAGUCAAUUUUAAACACCUAAAUUCUAAUGUAAAAUCUAUUGUUUCUGAUAUUUAUUCUAACAUUAGUUUAGCCUCAAUUCUAACCCUAUUCCAUGUUAAUUUUAACCCUUAUCUAACUUUAAUUUAAAAUUAUUUCCAACUGCAAUUCUAACCUCAAUUCUAUCUCAAUUCUGAUUCUAUUCUAUAUUUAAUACUAACAUUACUCUAACUUCAAAUCUAACUUAUUCCAACCUUCAUUCUCAUCUUAAAUCUGAACCUUUUUUUUGAUUUCUAUUCAAAUAUUUUCCGAUCUCAAUUCUAAUCCUAUUUAAAACUGAUUUCUCACUCUAUUCUAACUCCAAUUUCAAUCUCAUUUAACCAAAAAUUCUAACUUUCUCCUAACUUUAAUUCUAAUACUAUUUCUCAAUUCAAUAAUUCUAAUUUUACAAAUUAAAUAUCAAUCAUUGCAGAUUUCUGUACCCUAAAUUGUUGUUUAUUUUCCAAAAUCUUUUAUUUCUAUUUUAUCUUUUUAAUAGAAAUAAAUGAAAUGGCAGAAAUGCGGCAAAUGUUAACCUGCUCAAGACUAGAUAUUUAAAAAAAAUUCUUGGGAUUGAAAGCACUUUUUAUCGAAAUAAAUUACAAAUCAUCCUGAAUUUUAUCUUAUAAAGAAUUUGAUCAACUACCACAAACGAUGGAGAUUAUGUUCUUUCGAUUCUUCUACACAUUUUAAAGGUCUUUCAAAGCGCUUCUUUUCUUACAAAAUAAAUUUAAAAAAUCUCAAAAAAAAUCAUUCUCUAAGGGCAAUCAAAGCAUUUAAGAAAACAUAAAUACUUGAUGCGUAUGCAGUCCACCCACCUUGAUUAAACCGCCCAUAUUUUCCUGUCGGAAAUUGCGUUAAAAGCAUCGAAUUGGUAAAUAAUUGCAUGAAUUUCGAGUCGCUCCCUACGCGCAUUUUGGGAGUUCUGGGGAAGCACAAUUGAAAGUAGAUUAUCUCCUCAGCAUUAACAUUUCCUUUUGGAAUUUUGCUGUUGUUGCUCGUUGUGUUAUAUACCUCCAAUUGCAGAAGCACCAUCGACACGCUUCACUAAUCACAAAUCGCGAUGACAUCGAUAUCAUCAAUCAUUGCAUUUUUUUUCACUCUCAGGGGGUUGUUUUUCCACCCCCACCAUCGAGGAAAUUUGGCCUGGUGUGUAUGGUGAAAAGUUGUUGAUCAUUUUUUGAUUGCGCCUCAUCGUCAUCACUCUCUUCCACCGUUCUUCACUGGGGCUUUUUUCCCCAUCAACACACCAUCAUUUGUCAAUAUAAAAUGACGCAAAAAUGUUGAUCCCCUUUCGAGGGCUUCUCAUCCUUCCCCCAAAAGUCUCCCCCAGCAUGAGGGUGUUUUCGUGGGUUGGGGGGUGGUGAAAGGGCAGAAUAAUUUCUUAUUGAGAAUAAGUAUGUGUGUGAGCUUUUGCGUGAGUGUCGAAGUUUGCUCAUGAAUGUGGAAGUAGAAUAAGAAUUUUUAGGACGUAAGAUAGUAAAAAAAGAAAAUUUCUUUAAGAAUGUAGAAUUAAACACCUUUGAAAAUAACACAAAAAAUAUAGUCAAAAAUCUUAUGGUAAAAAGUCACUAAAUGAAACUCAAAAUCGCGGUUUAAAAGCACUAAAAACCAAACACAAACUUCUUCACAAGCCGCGAGCUUUUCCCGCGAAAACACAAAGACACACAGACUCUUCUUUAGAAAUCUUUAUAGAAAAAUAAAUAGAAUCUCUUCUUGAGCUUCACAAGACACGUGUGCUAUAUAGAAGUUAACUUGUAGUGAAUAAAAAGAAAAGAAAAUUGUACUUUUAGAAAAUGAAAAUGCCCACAGAAUCUAGUUCAGUCCCAACGUCCAUUUUAGCUAUUGAGGAAGAUGAAGAAAAAAACUCACGAAGAAUUGUGGAGCUUUUGUGCUUCCUUGCCGAGCUUCGUACAAAAUUGCUAAUGUUUUUUUUUACGUUAAAGAAGAAGAAUAAAACAAAUAGAGAGCUUUUUGGGAAGCUUUUGAGCGUGCACAGAAAAAUUAUUCACGUAUAGAGGCUGACUGAGCAGCUGAUCUAAAUUACGGCAUGAGAUGCUUCACUGAAUAGACAAAUUUUUAAAAAGAAAUUCUCCAAAAAAAGAAAAUUCUUUUCAAUUUAUGCUUUGUAGAGCUUUUGUGUAGCUUUGUAGAGCUUUCUGUGAAGAUGCUUCUCUUCAUUUCUCUUUCUGCAGAUAUUACAGAAUAAAUUAAAUGGAGAAAAUAGUCAAUAGGGGAUUGUAGGAAUAAAGAGUUUAUAAGGAGAGUUCGAAGUAUGUAUUUGGCACAGAAGGGGGUGAUUGAACUGUUCUUUUUAAUAAUAAAAUUCUCUGUUUGAAUUUAUUUAGAAAAUUCUUCUAAAUUGAUCAUUUUGUUGGUUUCUUCUGUUUCAUUUAAAAUAUAAACUUAAUUUAUAUGAUUGAUACGAUUCUAUUCGUUAAAUCGUCCUCAUGUUAUUUUAUCCCGAAAGCCCUUCGCUACUCCAAUGAAAAAACAAAAAAAAACUUCAGGCGAUAUUUUGGAAUAAAAUGAAUUUAAUUCCAUUAAGCAGUUCAAUCACGCAUUCUUUUCAAUAUAAAAAAUUCACAAAACAUAUAAAUUCAACUUUAACACAAAAAAAGAAUUUUCCUUGAAAAUUCAUCUGAGUUGUUGUUUUUUAUUUCAUUCCAUAGUACAUAACAGGAAGUUACCCCGAAAAAACGGAACUAAAAUAUGAAUUUGACCGGAAGGAGUGCUGAAAAAUCUCUGCAGAAAAUUAGGAUUUUUCCGGUUUAUUUAAAUUUUCUCUUGCGCUGCCUGUUGCUUUUCCUUCUUUCUUAAGCUUCUUUCUCUCUCUGCUUUUCCGCUGUGAGCUUUUUUCUAUACCUAUCGUGCUGUAGUUGAUGUUUUUUCAUCUGUCUUUGCUUCCUUCUUGCGCAACCCUACAAGCUGUGUAGGUGUGAAAAAUCUUAUUCUUAGAAUUAAAAGAUUUAACAGUAGAAUGUAGGUUAGUAUGUAGGCUCUGUCUCUCUCUUUAGAAUAAAUGUAGGACAUUCUAAAUUAAAUAUAAUAAAAAUUCUAUUCUAAUGGGUGUGUGUGUUUAGUGUGGGAGGAGUUUCAAAUUUUCUUGUAUUUUAUUUUUCUUUGACUUCUCAUUUUUCUUUUCCCCUUUUGCAAAAUAAUUUCUUCCACGGAGAAACUCUUAUUAUUAAAAAAAAAUUAUUGGAGAGUGAUGGAAAGGAAGAAAACAAGGAUGGGUUAAGGUGCAAUAGAUUGAAGGUGAGGAUUGUUUUGGCGAUAAAUUGUAAAGAAAUUAAAUGAAUCGUGCGGUUUGAAAAGGGCUCAAGCCGAAAAAUUGGCGUAUAGGAUGAAAAGUGUCUCGGCUAUUAAGUCUUGAAAUUGUACUAAUUCGUGAGAGCUGUCCAAAUAUGCAAAGAAAAAUUAAAAUUUUUGCCAAAAUUUUCCCAAUAAAAUGGAUAUUUUUCAUUCGCUUAUUUUUAUGAAAUGAGCCUUGACUAUGGAGUCUAAAUUAGUACAAAUUUCUUAGAUCUCACAAAUCUUCUAAAUCUGACAACUGACUUAUAAUGAAAGACAUAUAUUUUUGUGAAAAAAAAAGCUCAAGAAAAUUAAAAACUUUACAACACAAAAUGUGUCUUAGAUAUUUGGUCUAAAAGUGUACUAAUUUUUUUAGACCUGUUUAAUCUUACAUUUCCUUUAUACAGUGUACCAAAAAACCCCUUCAAAUUCUCAAAUGAUGCAAAUAAGUGAUUUUCGGCAAAAGUGAGCGUAAUGCUCUUUUCAAAUUGCGCGAUUGAAAUACAUUUAUAUGGGAAAUUCAAGUAAAAGAAGUGGAGGAAGUUAAUUUACUGAAAAUAAAUCCUUUUGCAGAGGAGAGUUUCACACCGGAAUAAAUAUAAACGUUUUACCUAUAUAUGUGGGAAAUACAUAAUAUGAGAGAGAGAAGUCACUCUCUGUGUGACAUAAAUAACACAUGAAUUAAAUAAGAGUUAAGAGUAUAUUCUAGUCACAAAAUAUGGUCACACUGACGUCAAAGCCAGAGGUAUUUGCUCUCAAUGGCAAUUAAGAGAGCUUACGGCAUGAGGAAUGCUUAUUGUUCCACCCCCACCGACACACAUCUGUGUGAAUAUGUUGGGGGGAUGCUAUUCACGAAGAAAUAUAGCGAUAUUAGGAUAGAAAUUAAAUUUAUUUUAUAAAAUUUAUUGGUCAGACGGUAUUUCGGGAAAUACACCGAAUACUUUCGGCCUCAUACAGUGGCGGAAAAACCAAAACCAAAAAAAAAAAAAAACUAACAUGCACAUAGUCAAAAUUAGUGGGGAAAAUUAAUGUCUCCGUAAUUUUUCUUGACAUUUUCAUUUUCCUGACAUUUUAUUGUUGGACAAUAAAAAAACACAUUAUUUUUCCUUCUGUCCCGCAGGUACCAGAAAAUACUCAAAAAUUUUCUCCAUAUUGUGAGAAAAUUCUCUGAAUGAAUGAAUGUGAGGUGGUGUGAGUGUCUCGAUGAAUUUAUCUUUCUGCCCUAUACUCACCCCCGCCAAUUCUCUCACAAAUUUUCCCAAUUACCAUUUUAACCUUUAAAAAAAUGUUGAAAAUUGAUUUUCCAUUGGUGGGCUUGAAAAACAACAAUUCCAUAUGAUUUUGCAUAGACAAACAUCAACCGUACAAAAGGUUGAUUUUUCUGCUGCUCUAUGCACAAAUAUUUGAUGUGUGUGCUUAAUGUUCAAAUAUUGUGUGUAGUACCAUUGCGUGGGAAUAUGUUAAUUAAUUAAUAUUUUUUUAGGGUUUGAGUGCUUCUCCCCCAAACUCUCUCUAUACUGUCUCUGCGCUGCAUUUCAAAUGUAGCACGUGAUGUAAUUAAAAGCAGUUUGAAUAAUAAUAAAAAACACAAAAUGCAAUAAAACAUUAAAAAAAAUUGUAAAAAUUGCAUACGAAUGGCUUUGUUCGAAGUUGAGUUGAUUUUUCCAUUUAACAUUUAUUUGGGUUUUCGCGGAAAAAAAUGGUGGAGUGUGUUUGGGGAAAUUAUUUAGGGAACAAUUUUAACCAAUUUAAGCUUUUAAAACGCACAAAACGGAAAAGAUUUAGUAAAAAAAACGAAUAAUCGUGAGAUUGGAUACUUGUGAACGGAGUGAUUUCGUGAAGCAUAUGCUCAUUGCUGCAAAAUUUGUUGCGAUUAUUAAUCUUAUGGAUCUUUUAUUGAGCUAGAAGAUUUUUUAUGCUGAAAUUAAAAGAAUUAAAUAAGAAGGGUUCUAAGGAGGAUAAAUAGUUGAAGUUUAGUUUGCCAAUUUUGCAGGCAUAUGCUUCUUCUCAACAGUUUGGUCUAAGAAGUAAACUCCUCAUUUUUACUACUGUUGAUCAACGGUUAAGGGAAGAACGAAUUAAGAGAAGGUCUUUAGAAACAUUCCAAAUGUGUGCAGCUUUUGACUUCUAAGAGGCCUGAAAGGGUUAAAAAUUAUCAAAAAAAACACCCAUAAAAAUUAAAAUGAUAAGAAUUUUCAAUGAGGAUUAAAUCUUAAAAUUUUGCAACAAUUCUGCACAGUAAAACCAAUCGAACGAUCGCGCAAACAAAUGCAAAAGGAAGAGAUGCAAAAUGCGAUAAAGGGAUGAGUUUUUCAUCAAAGCCUCGUGACAUCAUUUAUUCAUUUUGACCUUUUGGCCGUCACAUAAUCUCGGGGUGCAGAAGGAAGCGCGCACACACAAGCAUUGGGUGAAUUCGACAGGGGGUGGGUGGUGAGAGGAUAGAAUCGUGAUUGGUGACAUGUUUGUUGAAAUGGAAAAUUCAACUCUCGAAGCACUUUCCACGAUGCACACACACACUCCAAUUAAUCCUGGGCAAAUAAAACACUCGUGUUGGAUUUAAUUACCGACAGCAGGCGGCAAGUGGGUGGCAAUGAAUUCAAUGUUCAAAAUGGAUAGCAAUUUUCCCUUUCAUGUCCCGAACGCCGCCGCUGCUGUGGCGUGUGCAAAAGGUUUGACUCUGUCAAUGCAACAUAGCGUCAAACAUUCACACGUCUAGCAAGGAGGUGCUAUAUACACACACAUAACCCAGGAGUCAUGACUUUUCACCCCCUCAUACACAAGCUAAAAAAAAAGUCACCCCAACCCUUCUUAUGGUUUAAUCGUACACUUCAAGUGCCCCACCCUGUGUUUCUUUGCUCGGAAAUUCAUGCAAUUCUGCAGGUGAUAGAAAGACCAAAAUAAAAAAUCCACAAUUUUACAACGAAAGUCAAUUAAAGUCCUCAAUUCCUCGAUCUUUAAAGCUUAAAUCUUCUUUCAAUGAUGAUUUUUUUUAUUCCAAAUAUUUAUCUAUUUAUAACGAAAAAAAUCCAUUGCUUUCCGUUAACGAAAAAAAAUGUUUAUCUAAGGAAGUUUCUUCGGAGCCCCAACAAGGGUGGUACCUCCGGAGGGCAACAUUGAUGAAAAAGAAAGUCCCAAAAGCGUCAAUUUUUUAUGUAAACAAAAUAUGAAAGUGAAAAAUAUAUUUAAUUGCAAAAAAAAACUCUAUUAAAUUAUAUUCAGAAUGAGACGUGAAAAGUGAAAUUGAAGAAAAAAAAGAAAUAAUUGAAAGGAAGUUUGUUAGAAAAAAAAUGAGAUAGAGUUGUGUAAUUUAACGGAAAAAAUAUUAAUUUAUAUAUUUAAAGAACAAUUGCGGUGUGUUGCGUAGUUCUCGAGAAGUUUACACACCCAAAAUUAAAAGAAAAAAAAGCAAAUUAAUAAAAAUUUAAAUAAAAGUGCGUGUGAUUGAUAAAAGGAAUAUAAGUGAGCAAUUAAAUAAAUAGCAAUAUAUAUUGUAUUUCGAAAGAAGAAAAAAAAUUGUUUCUUUAUUAUGACGAGAGGUGAGGUUAAUGUUAAUAAAAAAGUCUUAUUCGGCAGGCAAUAAAGUGAUGAAGUUUUAUCAGAGAUGCAGGCAAUUCGAGGUGAAAAAUCACAUUUUUAUUGUAGCUUAACAUGUAAGACAAAAAUUAAAAUGAGAAGCCUCUUUGGACUCCCACGUAGAAAUUAGUCACUUAGAAUAUUGAAUAAAUAAAAAAAAACCAACAACUCUGUGAUUGUAAGUCAAAUUUAAUCAACGAAUUGGUAAAGUUAGGAUCACCCUUUAACCUUAUUUUAUUCCUCAGCUGUUUUUUCUUUCCAUUCUGCUUGCUUUUUUGAGCCUAUUUUUGCUCAUUUAGCUGUGUUUUAUCUCCAAGUCACGUCAAUUCUCAAUAAACAACCUAAAAAUAUGAAAAAGAAAAUAUUUCUAAGAUUGUGUCUCAGCUAAAUAAAUGGGAAGUUAUUUAUUCGAAAAUGUUUUCAGAAAUGUAAAAAUUCUACAUUGAACUACUAAAAUGAUUUUUUUAUUAAUAAAUAAUUGAGGAGGCAAGAUUUUGAGCAGAUCUUUUCUGGUUUUUAAAGAAGGCAUUGCUAAGCCACAGAUGAAAGUACAGCAAAAUACGUCGAAAGCUUUGGAAAUGCUGGAAACUUUUACUUCAAUUAAUUCCUGAAUAAUUAAAACAUAUUUCUUCGAAAUCGCUUCUUUGAUUAGCAAAAGUUCAGAUAACAAUAAAAGAACUGAAUUAUCUGGAUUUUAUUUUCCAAAAUCACGCAAUUCUGUCUAGAAAUAGAUUUUAAAGAGAAUCAGGAAAAAUUUGGAAAACAAAAAAAGCAAAUUUUUAAUAAAAAAUCAAUUUCGAAAAAAUUCAAGAAAUAAUAUCGAAAGUUCUCGGACACAAACCUAUUAAAACACAAACCGAAUAAAAACUAUUAUUAAAAUGAUUGAUUCUAUUCGAAAUUUAAUUCGAAAGAUAAUUUUUCAAAGAUUAAAAAUAUGUUACAAAUCAGACAUUACUUGUUCUAAUUAAUUGUUCUAAAUCAGAUAUUACUGUGGAAUAAAAUUAGAUUUUGAAACAUAUUUUCGCAAAACAUUAAAAAAAAUAUUUCGAAAAUCUUAGACACAAACCUUUUUAAAGAUUUACUGAAAAAAUCUAACUAAUUUAUCUUAUUUUAAAAAGAAAAAAGAUAAAAAUUGACAUAAUUAAAUCAUUCCAAUGAAAAAAAAAAAGAUUUUUAAUGAAAAUUCGAUAUCAAACGUUCCAAGAACAAAAUAUAUUAAGCUGAGACACUUAUCAAUUUUAUAUUUUCAGCAUUAUUUUCUCCAGCAUCUAACACGAAACUUUCUCUCUAUCUCCUUACACCUUUGCACCUACUCUUCAACAUGUAGUAUUUGAUAAAUAUCAAAUGUGAUAAUUGUUAUUUACGCAUGAGAAGCAAUAAAACAACGCAAUUGAUGAAACGAAUAUAGAAAAAAUUUGAGAUAAUUCAAAAGCAAUACCCGAAGGAAAAAUUUAGCAAUGUUCACCGAGAACCUUUUUAGUGUCGACAUUGCCUGCAUUUCUCACAGAAUCAUUCGUCUCGACUAAAAACGCCGAGUAUCCAAAGCAAUAACAUGUAGUCAGUAAGCCCUCCGUGGAUCGCAAAAAAUGUAAAGAAUGGAUCCCGGAGAAAAAAACAAUUGAGAUAAAAAAUAAGCAAUUAAAUUUAUAAUAAAAAAAUGUGAGAAUGAAAAGCAAAUGCAAAAUUAUGUAUUUUAAGGCAUAUUUAUGCUCCUGCCCCCCAAUCGAUCCAUUUACCCACAUUCUUCACAACAAAUUAAAAAUUAAACUAAUAAAAAGAUUUUAGGCAAUUUAGGCACUCUUAGCAAGUUUACAAAGAUGAAAAAGGAAAAAAAACGAGUGAAGUUAUUAACAAGAAAACUAUAGAACAUAAAAGCAUGUAAUUUGUAGCGGAAAACUGAUGAUAAAAAAUGAAUAUUUAUUAAGAAAAAAUAUUUAUUGCAUAUUUAUUGUAUUUUAGGUAAAGAAAUUAUAUUUAAAGAACAAAGACAAAAUGCAAAAGAAAUUAUUAAAUAAUGUAAAAAAUGAUGAAGAAACUAUUUAAAAAAAUUCUGAGAUGAAAUGCACUGUAAAUAUGAGAAUCAGAUAGAAAAUUGGAACCGAAGCUCUAAAUAAAAGUUGUAAUAAAAUAUAAUGAAAAAAAAACAAGAAUGUAAAGGGAUGGUCGAAAGGGUUGUUAAAUACCGUCAUUUUAGGCUGCCGAGGCGUGCUGACUACUUCAUAUACGUGGAAAUCGCAAAUGAGGAAUUAAAAGUAAAAAAAAAAUAAUGCAUUUCGCACUCAUUUUCCUUAAAGAUAGAAAGCUUAAAACGAAUCUCCAUGAAAGAAAGAAAAAAUCUUAGCAAAGAAUAUGUAAAAAAAAACAUAAUACGUCGUCAUUUUCCCCCCUUUUGAUGUAAACUCUCAUUCAAUUAUCUUUAACAAAAUGAAAAAAAAACUUAUAAACUCUUAAAGUAAAUUUAUAUAGAAAUCUCUAUGGCAAAGAACAAUUCUUACAUAGUAAACAAAAAAAUCUAUAUUUUAUGAACAAUGUAUCUAUAUAAAAAUUUAAACUCUAAAACAAAACAAAUUUAAAAAUCAUUCCUCAAAUUCAAGCAUUGAAAAGAAAAAUUAAGAAAAAGAAAAUAAAAUCAAAGAUUAUUCCCAGAAUCGCAAAAUAAUUCCUCCCAGAAAAUAAAGAAGAAAAACCAAAACCAAUAGAAGAAAAUCCAAAGAAUUUCGAAAAUAUAGAGAAAGAAAAACUAUUGUAAACACUUAUAAACUGUAUAGAACUAUUUAUUCUUAAAUAAAUAUAUACUUUUGAAACUAAAUGAAAGGAAAAAAGUAAAAGUAAUUUAAAUAAAAAUGAAUCUUUACUUUAGAAAUGAUGCGUAACUUUUAAUGAAUUCUCUAAUGGAAAAAAGAAACAUUUUUAAAAAUUGCAGAAUAAAAUUGAAAGUGAUGAAUGAAUUAUUGUUUUAAUUCCAUUUCCUUUUUUUAAAAAUUUUUAGAAAAUGAAAAUUUCAAGUCUGACUGAAAAUUGAUCUGUUUUCUUGACUUAGAGUUUUAAGAAUUAAAUUAAAAUUGGCUCAAGAAUCAAGAUUAUUCUUCUUGGUUCUAAAUAAUCAAUUUUAAAAUUUUUAAUUUAAGAAAAAUUGAUCAAUUAAUCAAGAUCUUUUAAAACUUGAAAGCAGAGAGAUUCUUUAUUUUCAAUGCUUCUCAACAAUUCCUUUCUUCGUGAAUAUUGGUAAGAAAACAUUGAAAAAUUCGACACAAGAAAUUGUCUUUUAAUGAAAUUCAAAGUCGAAAGAUUUUUUUUAACAUCUAGAUAAAAUGAGUUAAAGAAAAUCCAAAAAACGCGAAACAACUUCAUAUUCUUUCUUCAAUUUUUAAUCAAUAAUUUAUUCAUCACAGAAACAUCCCAAAGAUAUUCUCUAAAGUAGUGGAGUAUAAGAAAAAUAAAUUCUGCAAAUCUCUUUCAUUGAAAAGCAAGAAAAAGAAGAAAAAUCACUCAAAAUUUGCACUGUUUAGCCCUUCAUUUCACUUUAUUGUAAAACUCUUUAAAACAAACAAAACUUCUAUGUCUCUCAGAACUCUUUAAGAAAAACAAAAAAAAAUCUCUCUUACUCUGCUAAACAAUCCAUUAUAUAAUAAUAUAAAAUAAAUACAAUUUGUAAGAAACCAAGUCAAUGAAUGGGGUGUGAGAAAAAGAGAUUCAACUGAAUUAGCUUUAAUAUUGUAAUCGAGUUUUUCUCAUUGAUUUUUUUUCUCAUUCAAGUUCCUUCCAAUUCAGCAACAGAGACUCUCUGUCUCUAUUUAUACAGUGAGAGAUAAAAGAAAAUUAUUCAUGGUUUUGUGAGAUGAUAGAGCGGAAAAAUCUCAUUACUCAAGCCCGGGAAAUGCAGAGAAGAAAGAAAAAGCUCUCGGUGCAACAAUUUUCGUUAAUUUUAUUGUUAGAAUAAACCCAGAAAAAAAACACUUAAAAAUCUAAAUAUUUAUACUUAAAAAAAAUUAAAUUGAAAAUAAACAUUUAAAGAAAAAAGAAACCACACACAAUUAUAUACCAAUUGCAUUAACAAUUAAAAAUAAUAUUAAAAUAUUAUUAAACUAAAGACAAGGAAAAAAAAGAAUAUUUGACUAUGAAAAGUAAGAGAAAUAUUUAUUGACAAAAAAAAAAAACGAAAAAUGCAACAAAAUUUUAUGUAGACUUUUUAGAGAAAGAGUUUAAAUGAAAAAAAAUUAAAGAAAAACCAUGAAGCAGAAUGAAAAAGAUAUUUAGAAUGGUCAUAUUCGCAUUCAAUAUUAUUAACAAAAAAAUCUAUUGACUUGCAAAUAAACGAUUAAUGAAAAAAAUAUUAUCUGUAUUACAAUUAUGAAUUAUAUUAUAAAAGAACAAUGAAAAGUGAAAUGAAGUUAUAUUAUUGAAUGAAAAAAAUGCAUUAUACUUUACUUAUUGACCACUAUUAAAAAAAAAGAAAAAAAAAUAUGGUGAAAUUAAAGCGAAACAUGAAAGAGAUACACAAUUGAAAAAAAAACUUAAUUAUACAAUGUAAUUUAUAUAAUAAAUUAUGGAAGAGAAUAAUGAAGGAAAUUCCAUAAAGACAUAUAAUAGCAAGUUUUGUAUUAUAUUUUCAUAAAAUAAAUAGUGUAGAAAAUAUUUAUGAAUUUAAA